AUGAGGAACAGAGAGGAACAAGCCUUGAGGAAUAUUGCAGCUAGAAGGAGAGGGACAAGAGCAACCUCUCAAGGAACUACCAGCCAACCAGCUGAGCCAGCUCCCACUGCGACCACUACCCAACCAGAUUUUGCUGGGGUAUAUCAAGUGAUGACUCAGCUCCUUCAACAGCAACAGCAGAUGCAACAACUGAUACAACAACAGAUGCAGGCCAUGGUCCGACCUGCACAACGUAUGGACUCUUGUUAUGAGAGGUUCCGUAGGCUGAAUCCUCCUAUGUUCGAGGGUGGAGCUGAUUAUCUAGCUGCUGAGACUUGGAUUCGGGAAAUAGAAGAAAUGUUUGAUGCACUACAAUUUCCCGAAGACGUCAAGAUCAGACUGGCGAUACCCAUGCUCAAAGGAAAUGCCAAGUUUUGGUGGACGGCCAUGAAAGCUACAUUCGAGGGUGAUGAUGAACAACUGACUUGGGAUGAAUUCAAGGAUAUAUUCUAUGAUCAGUAUUUUCCUAAGUCAGUAAGGCUGACAAAGGAGAAUGAGUUCCUAUCUUUAAUGCAGUCAGAGAAUAUGACGGUGCUGGAGUAUGCCAAUAAGUUUAAUGAAUUAGGCCGGUUCUGUCCUCGACUUAUGGAAGAUGAUCAAAGCAAGGCCAACAGAUUUGAGCAAGGCUUGAGAUACGGAAUUCGAUCCCGGUUGUCAGUUCUAAUGUUUAAUAGUUACAGGGAUGUACUCGACAGGGCUCUGAAGGUUGAAGCUGAACUGAUUAGAUCAGAAAGAGAAAGGGGUAGCCAGAAGAAGCCUAGAAUAUUAGGGAAUCAAAUCAAACAGCCAAGGGACUCUGAAGGUCCUCCAAACAAGAAGAGAUUUGAAGCUUGUUACUACUGUGAUAAAUUCCAUGCUGGACCUUGUCUAAAGAAAGCAGGAGCCUGUUUCAUUUGUGGGCAGCCGGGGCACAUAGCACGUGACUGUCCGAAUAAAAAGGAGAAUGACUCUGGGCCUGCCAGACCUACGGAUCAAAGACAGAAGGGUGGUGCACGGCCCUUAUGA